AUGGAUGUGUACUUCGAAACUCAGAAUGGCAGAAAGUUUUGCAUUGAAUUAGGUUACUGGGACACAGUGUUGGAGAUCAAAAAGAAGAUCGAGAAGUAUCAACGUAUCCCUGUUCCCAAUCAAACCCUUUUCUUCGGCAAUGCUCUUGAAGACCAUCUUGAUAUCGGUCAAUGCAAGAUUCUCCAAAACUCUCAUGUCGUACUCUUCGUCCUUCCAGACCCUAAUGACAACAACGAUCAAGUUCUUCAAACGGAGGAGCAACCUCCUAUAAUCGGAGAUCUCAUUUACGGUGAGGAUUUGCCUUUGACAACUGAAGUUGUUUUGAAUAUUCGACCUUUUUGCCCAGUUCAAGAUUCUCCGGUGAGAAACAACGAUCAAUCUCCACCGUCAGACGCAGCAAAAGAUAUCAUCAAAGGUCAUCAAGAUUCGCCGGUGAGAAACAACGAGCAAACUCCACCGUCAGACUCGGUUAAAGAGAACACUAACAUUCAAGAUUCGCCUGUGGGGAAGAUAAUACUAACAUUACGGGUGAUGCCAUAUUCCGGCAAGAUUAAAGCUGCGAAGAAUCUUCAUUUUAUUACGUACAAGACGUAUAGGGUGAAAAUGCUGAGACAAGAGUUGGUUCAGAAUGAACUAAGGGAUCAUUUAGAUCGGCCUCAAGAUGGUGAUUAUUUCUUCGUACACAAAGGGAGAGUAUUGAACGAAGAUCAGUCAUUCGAGUGGAACAGUGUUGCUCACACUGAUAUUGUUGAGAUCGUUCCCGAUCCGUGGCUCUAUUAG